AUGCCCACCAACUUCACUGUGGUGCCGGUGGAGGCGAGGGCGGACGGCGGCCAGGACGAGGCAGCCGAGGGGGCCGCGGCGGCCGAGGCGGCCGAGGCGGCCGAGGGGGCCGAGGGGACCGAGGCGCCGGGAGAUGGAAACCCUCGAGAGAACAGCCCGUUCAUCAAUCACGUGGAGGUGGAGCAGGAGAGCUUUGAAGGAAAGAACAUGGCGCUUUUUGAGGAGGAGAUGGACAGCAACCCCAUGGUGUCCUCCCUGCUCAACAAGCUGGCUAACUACACCAACCUGAGCCAGGGCGUGGUGGAGCAUGAGGAGCACGAAGACGGCAGGAGGCGUGAGGUCAAGAGCCCGCGCAUGGGAACCUUCAUUGGCGUCUAUCUGCCGUGCCUCCAGAACAUCCUCGGGGUGAUCCUCUUUCUGCGACUGACGUGGAUCGUGGGGGCGGCCGGCGUGCUGGAGUCCUUCCUUAUUGUGUUCAUGUGCUGCACCUGCACGAUGCUGACAGCCAUCUCCAUGAGUGCCAUCGCCACCAACGGUGUGGUCCCAGCUGGUGGCUCGUACUACAUGAUAUCGCGGUCCCUGGGGCCUGAGUUCGGGGGUGCCGUUGGCCUCUGCUUCUACCUGGGCACGACCUUCGCCGGGGCCAUGUAUAUUUUGGGGACCAUUGAGAUUUUUUUGACCUACAUCUCCCCCAGUGCGGCCAUCAUCCAGGCAGAGACUGCGGAAGGUGAGGCCACGGCCAUGUUGCACAACAUGCGCGUGUACGGGACAUGCACGCUGGUGCUCAUGGCCAUGGUGGUCUUCGUGGGCGUCAAGUAUGUCAACAAGCUGGCCUUGGUGUUCCUGGCCUGCGUGGUGCUGUCCAUCCUCGCCAUCUAUGCCGGUGUUAUCAAGACCGCCUUCGACCCACCGGACAUCCCGGUCUGUCUCCUGGGAAACCGCACCUUGUCAAGACGUGGCUUCGACGUCUGUGCCAAGUUCCUCGCCGCCAACAACAGCACGGCGCCCACCGCGCUCUGGGGCCUCUUCUGCAACAGCUCCAUGCCCAACGCCACCUGUGACGAGUACUUUGCCCAGAACAAUGUCACAGAGAUCCAGGGCAUCCCCGGCGUGGCCAGUGGCGUCCUCCUGGAUAACCUGUGGAGCACGUAUGCAGACAAGGGGACGUUUGUGGAGAGGAAGAACACGCCGUCGGUCCCCGUGCCAGAGGAGAGCAGGGCCGGCAACCUGCCCUACGUCCUCACUGACAUCAUGACCUACUUCACCAUGCUGGUCGGGAUCUACUUCCCCUCCGUGACCGGUAUCAUGGCGGGCUCAAACCGGUCCGGGGACCUCAGGGACGCCCAGAAGUCGAUCCCCACAGGGACCAUUUUGGCCAUCGUGACGACGUCUUUUAUCUACCUGUCCUGCAUCGUGCUCUUUGGGGCCUGCAUCGAAGGCGUGAUCUUACGAGAUAAGUUCGGGGAGGCCCUGCAGGGGAAGCUGGUCAUCGGCAUGCUGGCCUGGCCGUCUCCCUGGGUCAUCGUCAUCGGCUCCUUUUUCUCAACUUGUGGUGCUGGCCUGCAGAGCCUCACGGGGGCACCACGCCUGCUGCAGGCCAUCGCCCGCGACGGCAUCAUCCCCUUCCUACAGGUGUUUGGCCACGGGAAGGCCAAUGGGGAGCCCACGUGGGCCCUGCUGCUCACGGCCCUCAUCUGUGAGACUGGCAUCCUGAUUGCCUCUCUGGACAGCGUGGCCCCCAUCCUGUCCAUGUUUUUCCUCAUGUGCUACAUGUUUGUGAACCUGGCCUGCGCGGUGCAGACCCUGCUGCGCACGCCCAACUGGCGGCCACGUUUCCGAUACUACCACUGGGCGCUCUCCUUCCUGGGCAUGAGCCUGUGCCUCGCGCUCAUGUUCAUCUGCUCCUGGUACUACGCUCUCUUCGCCAUGCUCAUCGCUGGCUGCAUCUACAAGUACAUCGAGUACCGCGGGGCUGAGAAGGAGUGGGGUGAUGGCAUCAGGGGGCUGUCGCUAAAUGCAGCCCGCUACGCCCUGCUGCGUGUGGAGCACGGCCCCCCCCACACCAAGAACUGGAGGCCCCAGGUGCUGGUGAUGCUGAGCCUGGAUGAGGAGCAGCGUGUGAAACACCCCCGCCUACUAUCCCUCACGACCCAGCUCAAGGCUGGCAAGGGCCUGACCAUCGUGGGCUCCGUGCUGGAGGGCACCUACCUGGACAAGCACGUGGAGGCCCAGCGGGCCGAGGAGAACAUCCGGUCUCUGAUGGGCGUGGAGAAGACCAAGGGCUUCUGUCAGCUGGUGGUAUCCUCCAGCCUGCGGGACGGCAUGUCCCACCUGAUCCAGUCGGCCGGCCUGGGAGGCAUGAAGCACAACACGGUGCUCAUGGCAUGGCCCGAGUCCUGGAAGCAGGAGGCCAACACUUUCUCCUGGAAGAACUUUGUCGAAACCGUCCGAGACACCACGACAGCCCAGCAGGCCCUGCUGGUGGCCAAAAACGUGGACCUGUUUCCACAAAACCAGGAGCGCUUCGGCGACGGGGACAUCGACGUGUGGUGGGUCGUGCAUGACGGGGGCCUCCUCAUGCUGUUGCCGUUCCUGCUGCGGCAGCACAAGGUGUGGAGGAAGUGCCGGAUGCGCAUCUUCACGGUAGCCCAGGUGGACGACAACAGCAUCCAGAUGAAGAAGGACCUGCAGAUGUUCCUGUACCACCUGAGGAUCAGUGCCGAGGUGGAGGUGGUGGAGAUGGUUGAAAACGACAUCUCGGCGUUCACGUACGAGAAGACUCUGAUGAUGGAGCAGAGGUCCCAGAUACUGAAGCAGAUGCAGCUGUCCAAGACGGAGCGGGAGAGGGAGGCUCAGCUAAUCCACGACAGGAAUACUGCGUCCCAUUCCGUCGUGGCCACCAGAACCCAGGCCCCGUCCACCCCAGACAAAGUGCAGAUGACCUGGACCAAGGAGAAGCUGAUCGCAGAGAAGUACAAGAACAAGGAGCCGGGCAUGUCCGGGUUCAAGGACCUCUUCAGCCUGAAGCCGAACCAGUCCAACGUCAGGAGGAUGCACACGGCCGUGAAGCUCAACGGUGUCGUCCUCAGCAGGUCCCGGGGCGCACAGCUUGUCCUGCUGAACAUGCCGGGGCCCCCCAGAAACCGGCAGGGGGAUGAGAACUAUAUGGAGUUCCUCGAGGUCCUGACCGAGGGGCUUGACAGGGUUCUUCUGGUCCGGGGCAGUGGCCGGGAGGUGGUUACCAUCUACUCCUGACGCUCAGCCACCCAGGAACACGCUGGGCGGGCUGGGGAUUGUGCUACACGUGGCCUCCUAUGGAAGUUUCCAGAAUAGCCCCACAGCUCCCC